AUAUCCAAAACUCCAGGAUUGAAGCCCCAACAGUCCUUCACUAACCUCUCUGCAUCCACAUCAUCGACCGCAACCUACAACCAAGCGACAGCCCCUUUUUCUUAUUCCUCACCUUUCGGUUUCUCAAUUUCUCUAGCUGCUUCGAAAUGGUAACUAGUGUUGAUGCCAUCCGCAAGGCUCAAAGGGCUGAAGGCCCUGCCACUGUCAUGGCCAUCGGCACUGCCACUCCCCCCAAUUGUGUAGACCAGAGCACUUACCCUGACUACUACUUCCGCAUCACCAAAAGUGAACACAAGACAGAGCUCAAGGAGAAGUUUCAGCGCAUGUGUGACAAAUCCAUGAUCAAGAAGCGUUACAUGCACUUGAAUGAGGAGAUCCUCAAGGAGAAUCCAAGCAUGUGUGAAUACAUGGCUCCUUCUUUGGAUGCAAGGCAAGACAUGGUGGUUGUUGAGGUGCCCAAGUUAGGAAAAGAAGCAGCUGUGAAGGCAAUCAAUGAAUGGGGACAACCCAAAUCUAAGAUAACCCACUUGGUCUUCUGUACCACCAGUGGUGUUGACAUGCCUGGAUGUGAUUACCAACUCACCAAGCUCCUUGGCCUCCGACCCUCUGUGAAGAGACUCAUGAUGUACCAACAAGGAUGCUUCGCAGGUGGCACGGUCCUUCGUCUGGCCAAGGACCUUGCAGAGAACAACAAAGGUGCUCGUGUCCUUGUAGUUUGCUCUGAGAUCACAGCCGUGACUUUCCGUGGCCCAAGCGACACCCACCUUGACAGUCUCGUGGGUCAGGCUCUGUUUGGAGAUGGUGCAGCUGCAAUCAUAAUUGGGGCUGACCCGGUUCCUGGUGUGGAGAAGCCUUUGUUUGAGUUGGUCUCCGCGGCUCAGACCAUCUUACCUGAUAGUGAUGGUGCCAUUGAUGGACAUCUGAGAGAGGUUGGUCUUACCUUCCACCUUCUCAAGGAUGUUCCAGGCCUCAUCUCUAAGAACGUUGAGAAGAGCCUUACUGAGGCAUUUGAGCCACUGGGCAUCUCUGACUGGAACUCCCUCUUUUGGAUCGCCCACCCAGGUGGACCAGCUAUCUUAGACCAGGUUGAAGAGAAGCUAGCCCUUAAGCCGGAGAAACUAAGGGCCACAAGACACAUACUUAGCGAGUAUGGAAACAUGUCCAGUGCUUGUGUGCUAUUCAUCUUGGAUGAGAUGAGGAAGAAGUCCGCCGAGGAAGGGUUGAAGACCACCGGUGAAGGGCUCGAGUGGGGUGUUCUGUUUGGGUUCGGACCAGGGUUAACCGUUGAGACCGUGGUACUCCAUAGCGUCGCUUCCUAGAAGCAUACCAUAGAGGAAACACAAUUCAUUUCAUGCUCCACUUUCAAUUUUAUCAUCUUUGAUUUCUACUGUUUAUUUGCUUCAAGCUUGUGUGGCAUUAGAUGUUCUUAAUUUCUUCUCAUCUAAUAUCAAUGAAUGAAUUUUGAUUCCUAUAA